ACGCUUAUAUGCGGCCAGCGAGCACACACACCCGCCACUCUUUAUAUAUAAAGGAGAUCUUGCGAAACCGUUAGCACAUUCGGACUACAACCUGUCCAGGAAGUCACCUGCUUCUUUUGUCAUCUGAGAAACGCGACAAGAUGCUGUUCAUUCUGUGUGUGGUGUCAUCGUUGCUGGUGCAAACGAUCGGGGCGAGUCCUGCAGUUGACAAUCGAAACAGAGCUCAAAUCAUCCGAUAUGAUAUCGAAACAGCCAACCUGCCGAACUCCUAUAGAUUUCAUUACGACGGCACUGAUGGUUCAUCUCGCACGGAAGAAGGUGCCAUUUUGAACCCGGGAACCAAGGACGCAGCCUUGGACGUCGCAGGUGCAGUGCGCUGGUACGACGCAAACGGCCACCUCUACCAAAUGACGUACAAAGCGGGGAAGAGAGGCUAUAGAACAAUUAUCAAGAAACUAUCGUAAUACAUUAUCGGCAAUGUAAUACGUGCCUUAAGUAUUAGUUCGAAUACACUUCGAUAACAAAAGACUGGACAUUAUAAUGUUAUUUAUUUAAUAGAAUCGUUUAUUUAAUUGAAUUAAACGGAAAUUAUUUCGUAUGGAUAUUUUUGAAGUUAAAAUCUUAAUUUGUCAAACAUUAAUUUAAUGAAAAUGCCAUAAUUUUCUUUUUAUUUCCAACUAGACUUUUUAGUCCAUUUUUAAAUUCUGUAAAAAAGCAGUCUAUAUAGUUA